AUGGGUGUUCAGAAGAGAACGCGCAAGUUUGCGCAAACCAAGCGCAUCGUUGGUCAACGGGAUGCUCGACUUAAGAAGAACCAAAUGGCUGGAGAGAUAGAAGCAAAGAAGAAAGAGGAAGAAAGCAAGGCAAAGCGAGAAAUCCCACAAGUCUCGUCCGCCCUCUUCUUCCAAGCCAACACCGCCCUUGGUCCGCCGUACUCCGUUCUCGUAGACACCAACUUCCUCUCCCACACUGUGCAUGCCAAGCUCGAGCUCGACAAGGCCCUCAUGGACCUCCUCUACGCAAAAGCCACCCCUAUCAUCACGACCUGCGUCAUGGCCGAACUCGAGAAACUCGGUCCCAAAUACCGUAUUGCGCUCAGGAUCGCUCGCGACGAAAGAUGGCAGCGCCUCAAGUGCGAGCACAAGGGCACUUAUGCUGAUGACUGUAUUGUGGACAGGGUUCAGAAACACAGAAUCUAUCUGGUUGCGACAAACGACAGGGAUCUCAAGAGGCGCAUAAGGAAGAUUCCUGGUGUGCCGAUUGUUAGCGUGGCAAAGGGCAAAUACGUUAUUGAGAGGUUGCCAGACGUGCCCGAUAGUCAUUAA